UCAAAAUAUCAUACUUCAGAGUAUCUUGGUGAUUUAUUUGAAACAGAGUGGAAGAAGGAACUACAGAAAAAAAAUACAAGUAUAUUGAAAGCAUUAUUACGAUUUGUUGGAUGGAAAUACUUAAUAAUACUUUUACUUGCACUCAUCCAGCAAACAGUGGUAAUGGCAAGUGUAGCAUACUUAUCAGGAUUAACAGUUCAAUGUUUCGACAUGAGAAUGGGAUGUAAUCAAUACAAUAUUUAUGUAACAGUUUCGGGACUUUUCGUAAUGACAACAAUUUAUUCGAUUAUAUAUAAUAUUAAUUACUAUAUCACAGAUAUAUAUGGAAUGAAAUUAAAGAUAGCUUUUUGCACAGUUAUAUAUAGAAAAGCAAUUAGGUUAAGCCCUUCGUCUCUAGAAAAAGCGAAUAUAGGACAAAUGGUAAAUCUUCUAGCCAAUGAUGUCAGCAAAUUUCAAAAUACGAAAAAUUACACGUUGGUGAAAAUAAUUUUUCCUAUGCAUAAUACAAUGAGAGAUUAA